ACCUUGGCAACGGGUAAGUCAACAACAGGGCCUGAGUAGAAGAAAGCGGAAGUGGAGCGCAGUGGUAACCUUGGCGACGGAUGAGGCGACAACACGGCCUGGGCUUGGCUGUGGUGACCAGGCCUGGGCUUCGCUUUGGUGACCAGGCCUGCGCCUCGCUGUGGUGACGAGGCCUGGGCUUGGCUGUGGUGACCAGGCCUGGGCUUGGCUGUGGUGACCAGGCCUGGGCUUGGCUGUGGUGACCAGGCCUGGGCUUGGCUGUGGUGACCAGGCCUGGGCUUGGCUGUGGUGACGAGGCCUGGGCUUGGCUGUGGUGACCAGGCCUGGGCUUGGCUGUGGUGACCAGGCCUGGGCUUGGCUGUGGUGACGAGGCCUGGGCUUGGCUGUGGUGACGAGGCCUGGGCUUGGCUGUGGUGACGAGGCCUGGGCUUGGCUGUGGUGACGAGGCCUGGGCUUGGCUGUGGUGACGAGGCCUGGGCUUGGCUGUGGUGACGAGGCCUGGGCUUCGCUUUGGUGACCAGGACUACGCGUCGCUGUGGUGACCAGGCCUUGGCUUCGUUGUGGUGACCCGGCCUGCGCCUCGCUGUGGUGACGAGGCCUGGGCUUCGCUGUGGUGACGAGGCCUGCGCAUCGUUGUGGUGACCAGGCCUUGGCUUCGCUGUGGUGACCAGGACUACGCCUCGCUGUGGUGACCAGGACUACAUGUCACUGUUGUGACCAGGACUACGCGUCGCUGUGGUGACCAGGCCUGGACUUUGCUGUGGUGGCCAGGACUACGCAUCGCUGUGGCGACCAGGACUACGCGUCGCUGUGACGACCAGGCCUGAACUUCGCUGUGGUGACCAGAACUACGUGUCGCUGUGGUGACCAGGCCUACGCCUCGCUGUGGUGACCAGGCCUACGCCUCGCUGUGGUGACCAGGACUACGCGUCGCUGUGGUGACCAGGCCUGGACUUUGCUGUGGUGGCCAGGACUACGCAUCGCUGUGGCGACCAGGACUACGCGUCGCUGUGACGACCAGGCCUGAACUUCGCUGUGGUGACCAGAACUACGUGUCGCUGUGGUGACCAGGCCUACGCCUCGCUGUGGUGACCAGGCCUACGCCUCGCUGUGGUGACCAGGACUACGCGUCGCUGUGGUGACCAGGACUACGCGUCGCUGUGGUGACCAGGCCGCUCGGAAAAAUGUCGAGGCGGGUGUAUGCCGCCGCUCACUUGCGGUACCCCUUGGAGGACACAGAGGCCGUGGCCCAGCGCCUGCAUGCCCAGUACCGCCGCUUGUUGGACCCCUUGUCGCUCUUCCCGACCACUCACUCUCGAGUGCAGGCCUCACUCCCAGCUGAGGCCGAGCCGGAUGUCUCCUUCGCCGCCCCCUUAGGCCCCGCACUGGCCUCGCCGUCAUCCCCGAGGCGCACCCCGGUGCCCAUCUCCCAAGCUGCGCUGCUGCAGCUGGUCAGGAACAAGAUGGAGCUCGGCCCGCACUGGGCCAAACACAUCCCAGCGGUGCAUCAGCGCACCUUCCGGGAAGUCAUCUUGACCGAAGUGCGGCACGCCUACGUGGAGGUCCAGCGCAGCCUCUACAACCCGGCCUUCGAGGCCCACACCAACCGGGAGCUGUACCAGCACUUGGUGACCUACGUCGGCCUGGUCUCGCAGCACCUCUUCCUCCACUACCUGUGCCUCAUGGAGCAGCACCGCUCGCUCAACGUCUUCACCGACUGCGCCAACCUCACCCGCUUCUCCGCCCAACUCGCCCUGGACUGCACCCGCUUCCUGGACAUCGAGGUCGUGCGGCAUCACCUCGUGGUGGAGAUGAAGGCUCCGCGUGGGUACCGGGCUCUGUCCCUGCGCAAGACGACCCUCAUUGGCGAGCACCCGGCCCGCGCAAUAGGCUGCCGCCUGGGAUUCACCAUUGGGCACUUCAUCCGGCUCACUCGGCCCCGCACGCAGGCUCUGAGGCAAAAAAGAGCUCAGGACAUCAAGGAGCUGGAGGAGAUCCCUCCAUUGGAUUUGAGCAUAAUCAAGCAGAUGCAGCUCCCUGGGAUGGAAGGCAACAUCAGGGCUACGUCAUGCGCCGCCAUCACCAUGCCAUGUCCGGCGAGGGACAAAAGCAAACCAGAGGCAGAGAAGAAGGCUCGCCUUUUCAGGAGCUACUCCAUGCCCAAUAUGCGAGCCGGGCGGCUGCUAGCGGACGAGUUAGGGAUCUGCAUCACGCCUCGGCGCCUCACUCCAGAUUUGCCCUUCCACUACGUGGAUGACGAGGAGCGCAUGGAGGCGGUCAGCUUGGCGGACGAUCUGCGGAGACUGGUGCAGGGGUCCAUCCUGAGGAGCGGGCAGUGGAAAGAAGAGGAAGAAGACGGCUUGGACCUCCCUCCGCUCCUGAAGGUCUUGACGCGGCGCAAGGCCAACGAGGCCCGGCUGGAGCACCUCCAGAGGACGCUGGCUUCCUUGCGGUAUGAAGAGAGCUCUGAGUUGAAGCGGAGAAAUACCAUUAUCGCCGCGCCGGCCUCCCACCCACAAGCGACAACAGUGAACUUCAAAGUCCAUGAGCAAAUGGUGGUGAAGGCGGCCGACCUGCAAGUCUCGGAAAGAGUUUACUCCGAGGCCGUGGUCCUGGAAAGGAGCUCCCUGAUUUACAAUCACCUCCUCGGGGAGAUAAACAAUGCUACUUUGCAGUCUCUGGACGCCAGCCUUUUUGUUGGUGAAGAGGUCCGGGGGAUGUACAAGGAGCUGAUGAAUACUGUCCCAAAAGACCACCUAAAGUUUGACCUUGGGCCCUUGAUAGAAUCUCAUGCCACAAAACUAGAUUUCUCCGCUUGCUUUGCUUCUUCAACACUGAGGAAGAAAGAAAGCGAGCAGGUCGUGAACGAAGAGCUGGCUAAAAUCCUGCCCGCUGGGCCUUUCUCCCCAGAGGAAGUGGUGGACACGCUGAAAACUCCAAAUCUCCCUAUCAAGAAACCCAUGAGUAAAAAACAGCAUGCGACUUGGCUGAAAUGGUGGAAGAACACCUUCAACAUUGAUGACUAUCUGAACUACAUCGCGACCAAGGAGUCUGACUUUUUGCCGGUGAUUUUCCAUCUGUACAGCAUUGGUGGAGACAAGGAGGAGGAGCUGCAGCAGCAGGCGAUCCAUGAGGCUGAAGUCAAGCAAGAAGAGAAAGUGAGGAGAAUCUCGAUUAAGAAAGCUGCCAAGGUCCAAUUCAAGGAGGAAUCAGUUGAAACGGGGCAGUGGAAGGCUGACAACACGGCAAAGAUGGAAUUGGGGGUUCUUGUUCCUUAUGACCACAAGCCCGAGGAUCUCCGGGCCCUGCAGAGAAGGCUGGAAAGGCUCUGGACCGUCCUUCAUUUCUCAGAGUCAGAGAGGCUUGACAUGGCCAUCAAGUACAGCUCCAACCAGUACUACUUCUUCCUCCCCGACAUGCUCAAAGCGUGGGAAGAGGCGGCCCAGUUAAUCCAGGAGCGGGAGCUCUUGCUGGCCGAACUGGAAAGCUUUGAGCAGACAGCGUCGGACCCAAACCGCUUGUUCAGCCAAGAGCCCCGGGCCUUUGCCAUGCGGAUGAAGGAAUCCAGAAAACGGGACCGCCUGCACACGGAGCUGGCCUGGUUUAACUCUGAGCUCUAUGAAGUCCUGACUGAGAUCAAAAAGGAGUUCAAUGACACUGUGACUUUCCGGGGACGGCCCUACAUGGAGAAGAUGCAAUGGGACAAAGUGGAGAUGCUGUACUGGUUGCAGCAACAGCGCCGUGGAGGAGCCCUGAAGAGGUACGCAAGAACAGGGAGCCAGAGGAGACUCCCCCCUCUUACUUAAGAUGUAUUGCUCUUUGAAUAUGCACCAAGAUGGCAGUUGGGAAGGCAACCUUUCAACACAAAUGCCAGAUUCCUCUACCAGUUUUCUUCCCCCAGCUGAAUUCCCUGACAAACAUAUAAAGAAGAGGGAUUUUACUGAGGUCCAAAGGAACCAAGGAGGGAUUUUACUGAGGUCCGAAGAUCACAAACGGUAUAAAAGACAAGGAGAUUCAGGUAGCAGCCACGAAAUGGGACUAGAAUAUGUGGACAUAUACCAAAGGAGUAAGAUUUGCAGGUUAUCUAGUUCAGGCCACUAUUUGGAAAUCAGCAAGAUAUUUCUUCUUAAUUUGUUGGUGUCUGUAGCAGAAUGUGACAUUUCUCACUAUUUUAAUUAAACAGGUUAAAAAGUGUUA